AUGCACACCCCCUUCCUCGCCUUCCUCCUCACAGCGCUACUGCUCGCCUCACGGAUCGCAGCCCGCAGCGUCCCAGCCAACGUCCAGAGUUUCUACAACAGCGUGAAGAGUACUGGGACGUGCCAGAAUAUCCUCAAGACGGGCUUCUACGCGAAAGAUGAUCCGCCGAAUACCUUUUCUUACUGCGGUACUCAUCUGAACGACUACGGCGUCAUCUACCUGCAAGGCACGGGUGGCGCGUUGGCGGAUAUGGAUAUCGACUGCGACGGCAUCCAAAACGGACCUGGCAACGACGGCCGCUGCGGCUCCUCAGACGACACGCAAGCCCAUACCUCCUUCGAAGACACCGUCGCCGGGUACAACAAGGGUGUGUCGGGCCUGAACGCCUUCAUCCACACGUACGUCGUGCUCGGCAACGUAGGCACCAAUGCCGGCUUUGUGAACUACGACCCGAGGGCCAACGGCGUCCGGGAACUGAGUCUCGUGGCCGUGGUGUGCGGGAAUGGGAAGAUGUUCUACGGCAUCUGGGGCGACGAGAACGGCGACGACGGACCCAGGGCCGUGAUCGGCGAGGCCUCCAUCUCCAUGGCGACCCUCUGCUACGGCGCGAGCGCCGUCAACGGGAACAGCGGCCACGACGAGACGGACGUGCUGUACAUUGCCUUUACGGGAGCGGCGGCCGUGCCGGGUGCCAACGGGGCGAAAUGGAACGCCGCCUCAGCAACCGAGUUCGAAGCCUCCCUCGGCACGCUCGGCGACACCCUCGUCAAACGCAUCACCGCCACCGGCAUCACCACCUCCAAGACUACCAGCGCCGCGCCCCCCACAGCGACGUGUUCGUGGAGCGGGCACUGUCUCGGCGCAGCGUGCGCCACAGCAGACGACUGCUCUGACGACCUCGUCUGCACGGGCGGGAAGUGCGCGACGUUGACGGGUCCGACGGUGACGACGAGCAGCACAAUCCCAGCAGCGACGUGUUCGUGGAGCGGGCACUGUCUCGGCGCGACGUGUGUGACGGGGGAUGAUUGUUCCGAUGAUCUGGUCUGUGUCGGGGGGAAGUGUGGGAGGGCGUGA